CGAAAAUAUUUAUGUGAAAUUUGAUUACUUGACAACUGACGAAUAUACGAGUUGUAUUCCUUAAUGCAAAUUAACACAGCGACACCGAUUGUGCCAAUAUGACUGAAUAUACUGGUGGAUAAAGCUUACUUCUGAGAGACAUGGAGCUAGGAAUCCAUGGCAACCCAACCCCCAGGGCCCAGCAGCGUCAGCUACCUGGGGGAGCAUCUCGACCAAUGAGUGGCCGCUCAGACAGAAAUCCAAUAACGGGCGAGGAUAUGCCUGACCGUCCAGUUUCCCGAACAGUAGCCACAAGCCACAGUCGACCACAAAGCCGACCUGAUGGGGUGCCAGGUCUUAAUCUCCGCUACCUUGCUGAUGAUGAUUCGAAGCCGUCAAAACCUAUAGACGUGUAUGAGUACUCACUGCAAACUCCCAACACUGCCUCAACUGUCAGCUGGGGUACUGGCAGAUCUCAGUAUUCACAGAGGCAGGCUACAAAACCACCUACGCCGAAAGCUGCCUCCCGUCCUAAUGGUGUCCCUGGUCUGGGCCUCAGUGAUGAGAAGGAGGUCAAGAAGCCUCCAUCGGCCAGGAAGGUGAGAAAGGAGCCUAGUGCAUGGGAUGGCCCUGCUGUAUCGGAGAACGUGUGUCCCCCGUCUGCCCGGCACCAGGAGAUGUACAAGCAGUACAAGGAAGACAUGAAGCAGUCCUACAGGAAACACGUACAGGCUCCAAACCACGUCGGCCAGGAUGAGGUGGAGCAGGCUGUCCAGGCAGUGAAGAAGGCUCACUCCACAUCACCCAAGGACAAUGGUCACAAUGUCCAGUAUGAUCAUGCUGAUGACCAAGAAGACAAUUUGGACGACAGCUGGACGAAACAUAGAUACUCCAGCAAACAGCUCAUGAAGAAGAUGGAUGUUGAGGACCUACUAGAGUACAACAAGAAGCAGAAGUUGAUAGAGACUGUGCUGGCAGACCAGCUGUCCAGGGCAGUGAUCAGUGAUCCAGAACAGAAUGACCGCAACAAAGCAUACGAGCCUCGGCGUGGACGAGGACAGAACCGCUUUCUACACGACUCCAAAGUGAGCACCAGGGCCACACACACAGAGAACCUGCUGUCCAAGAGAGUCCGCUUUCAGGCACGGAUCAUCACCAGGAAUGGCCACGAUGCACUGAGGGAGCUGACCGGCUUCUUCUUCCAUGUGGACAACACACUGACCAUCUAUGAAUUCAAACAGUUCGGGAAAAGUGCAAAGGCAAUACCGUUCAUCAACCGAGGUCACUUUCUCCACUUGAAAGGAUCUAGGAAGGAACAGCCAUACACUCUACUGGACAUAUACUCUGGAGGUAACUUACUGAUCUCUACAUCUGGACAACUGACCAUCCCAGCAUCCAUCAAGGGCAGCGAGUUUAUCAAGUUCCGUGUCAUCAGUGUGGAUGAAGAUGAAAAGUCAACCUUACUUCUCAGCAGUCGUGGCCAGGAGACAUUUGCUCGCCUGCAGUAUCCCACUAAGGAGGAGUAUGAGAACCGGAAGAUCCUGGAGUCGGUGCAAGAUGUAGUUCAAGAGAAGCUGAAGAAGCGUGGCAUCAAGACAGUGACUGGCCUGGGAAGGUGGUACCGGAGUCUAGACACGGAUGGAAGUGGACUUCUCACUCACCACGAGCUGGAGCAAGGGCUGGUCAGGUUCCGUCUGGAACUUCCCCAACAGAUCCUGGAUGCUGUGAUGGAUAUCCUCGACCCUGACAAUGAAGGCCGUGUCGACUACACCGAUUACAUGCAUGCCAUCAUUGGGGAGAUGAAUGAGUAUCGCAAAUCUCUUGUCAUCAAGGCAUUUCAGAAGAUUGACAGCAGUAAGCGGGGUUUCAUCAUACUGAGUGACAUCCGGAAGUUCUUCAAUGCCACAGCCAGUGCCCGGGGCCCUCCAGAUGCAACCGGGACCUCAGUGAUCCAGGCUUUCCUUGAGUCAGUGAUGGCAUCACCCAAACAGGAGGAGGUGUCGUAUGUGGAGUUUGAGGAGUACUACGAGGGGCUUAGCAUCGGCUUUGACAGUGACGAAGACUUCGCCAACAUACUGCGCAACACGUGGACCAUAUAAACAUCUAUACUGCAGAUUUAUAGAAUGUAGUAUUUAGAUGAUUGAAGUCACAGAUGUUUAAGCACAUGGUCAUGAUGUCAGUGAGGUUAUCAGAUGGUAGGGUCAUAAAGCUCAUCAUGUACCAGGGUCUU